CCUGUGUACAUGGCAUUGUGUACUACCUAAACUUUCUCUUUUGGACGGAGUCGGCGCGAGACCACGCAGACGGUCUGUUGAGUUUCAAGCACUUUCCGACAUGCUACAUUUCUGAUGUAGCAGGCCAGGUUGCUCGGCACACUAAUAACCGGACUAAGCAGCUUUAUUUUCAGCCACAUGAUGGAAGACUUUGUGCCCCAACCACUGAAAAUUUAAAGCUUGCAGCCAAUAAGGAACUACAAGUUGAUAUGGAGUGGGUGAAGAACCUGAGGUCCCCAUUACCACUAGAAGAUCAGUCAGUUUAUGACAGAAUGAAAUCAAAACAUCCAAUCACAGGGACGGCUGAAAGAUACUCCUUAUAUGACAGGUUCCAUCAAAUAAACCAAAAACGUCCAGAAGAGAAGUUAAGGAGCCUCAACGUCUGCCCUACAUUAAGAACAGAAGUGAACUCUGCAGUUGCAGAGCAGUUCAAUCGUGAACUUUCAGCUGUGCGGUACUCCUUGUGCCAAAUGAAGGAGGCACACUUUAAACAGACUGUAAGAGUGUUGAUUGAUCUGCAUAAUGACAAGAUCAACCAGAGAUUCAAGAGUGAAAUUGAGAACAUGUGCAACACGCAGUUGUCUAUUGGCUUGCAUGGCAUGCUAGGACUGUUCUCUGAGUCUGCAGAGAGAAAGGAAACACUACAACUGACUUCAAGCAGCAAAAUGAACAUCCCACCUGUCAGCACUGAGUCUUCAUUUGUAGCCCAAUUGUAUGCUGUAAAUGAUAAUGAUAAGGAAAAGCUGAAGAACUUAUUCACUGGUGAUCGUGAUGAAGAGCAAACCAUGGCUUGUAUCUCCAGACGAUUUCCAGUGAGAAUAAAGGAUAUCCGCAGCGUUUGCCCACCUGAGUUGUUGGGAGAGUCUUUUCUUGCCAUGCCAUGGUUGACUGAUGAUGCAGUAAACUAUCGAGUAGCUCAGCUGGCUCAAGAAAGCAUGCAUGGUGCUCUAGCCAGUUAUGAUUUUAUUUUGUGGUAUCGAGAAUGGAGAGAUAACCGACACGUCAGUGACAAGGUUGUGCGACGCAUCCCUGUCUCAGACAAAAUAUUCCUCACCAGAGUUACUGGUGAUGUCAAUCCAGAGAGGGGGAACCAUUUCAUUCUUUGGGUGUUUGACUUCCCUGAGAAACAGAUUCGGGUGUAUGAUCCCCUUGGGAUUUAUAAGACAAUUUCUGACUUUGACAUGGACAUCCUCAGAAAUGUCUUCAGAUUUUCUGGAGGUCUUGAAGGUUGGAUGGUACAUUAUCCUGUUCAGUGGAGACAGCAGGACUCAGUCAAUUGUGGCGUUUUAGUGUGUGCUGCGGCUGAAAACGAAAUCUUUCGCCGUGAGGUCACUGCAGAGACUUUGACACUAAAUCAGUGCAGAAGUCUCCGUCUGUACCACGCCACUCAAAUGAUUAAAAAUAUGAAUCCUGAGGACUUCCCACCUACAAGUGCCGAAAGGCUGAAAAAGGAAAGGGAAGAACUUAGGCUUCAGCAAGAAGAGUCGAAGUUGAAAGACUCCAGCAGCCAGUGCAUGGCAUGGAAGAUAAAAACUUGUUUGUUCCAGCGAGCAACUGGAAAAACAAGGGUUUUCCAUGACCACAUCAGAGAGUAUCAGUGGGUGCAGUGCACAGUUUGUGAAAACUGGCUCCAUUUUCAGUGUGCUGGGGUUGAAGGGGACUGGAUGGACAAGGACUUUUUUUGUGGCUGCAACACGACUCCUGAAUUAAAAGAAAUCCUGGAGUGUGUUGAAGCCGACGAAAUUCUCACUGAUGGAGAGAUAAAUGACUUGAUAAAAAAGCUGCAGAGUGGGCAGCUUCUCUCAAACAGGAUGUACCUAUGGACAAAUAGAGUUUUUGAUCCAGAAAUCAGACAAUAUUACUGUAAACAUUUCAGUAUAUUGGACGAUACAAAGACAGAACAACUCAUCCAGCGACUGGAAAAAUUACUGCCAAUGCCUGAAACCGUAGCUGAAAAAGAGCUAUUUAUUACUGAUGUGAUCUUGCCUGAGGUUCUGGUUCAGUGGUUGCAAAUGCACAACAUGUGCAGAUACAGAGCUGAAUCUGUGCUUCUGAGAUGCACAUCUUUCCAGGGAAAGAAAAGUGCUGCACAGAUAACAUCUGGAGACACAGAAAGCAAUGAAGAGGAAAACACUUUUAUGAGAGAUAUCAUGGCUGCAGUUACCUGGUGCAACAACACAGAGUUUACUGCUCCCCUGCACGUGCCCAGUGUCCUUUCCAUGGAGAAAGAAGAACAAAACAAAGCCCUUGAAAAGCUGCACAGCUGGAAGGGAGAAUUUGAUGAAAGUUCACCAGCUGAACUUUUUACUUUUGUUUUUAACAAAAGAAAGGACUAUGAAAAGUUUUGCUAUGAGCUCAUAGAUGAGAAAAGGUACCGAUUGUUCGCCAGAUUUGAGGAGCAGUGAUUACUAUUACACAUGCUUUGUAUUCUGUUUAAUUUGAUGAAAGUUCACCAGCUGAACUUUUUACUUCUGUUUUAAAAAAAAGAAAGAACUAUGAAAAGUUUUGAUGUGAGUUCAUAGAUGAAAGAAGGUACCGAUUGUUCGCCAGAUUUGAGGAGCAGUGAUUCCAUUACACAUGCUUUGUAUUUUGUUUAAUUUGAUGAAAGUUCACCAACUGAACUUUUUACUUCUGUUUAAAAAAAAGAAAGAACUAUGAAAAGUUUUGAUGUGAGUUCAUAGAUGAAAGAAGGUACCGAUUGUUCGCCAGAUUUGAGGAGCAGUGAUUCCAUUAAACACGCUUUGUAUUCUGUUCACAUUUAGCUAAAAUUAAAAAGUUCUUUAAAAAAGAG